ACCUCCUUCACCUCACUCUCGUCCUCUCCCUUCGCCUCACCCUCACCGCUUCCCCAUCAUCCACCGUUCAACUUUCUUGACUGUAGAUCCCUAUACGCCGGCUUGACGUUGCGACACGUAGUCUGCCUUCGCUUGCUCACUUUACGUCCACGACUGACGCCGUGCCCUCACCUUCCAGUUCCCAAACCGUUCGCGUCGAUGCGGACGCCGUACUGACCUUUGCGCAAUCUCUUCUCAGAGCUUUCUUUUCUUUCUUGUAUUGCUCAUACUCUUGCUGGAAGACGGGACGUUUGAAAAAGAAAACCCUACAAAGUGUUUUAUUAGGCUGGCAAACUGAGCUAUAGUACCAACUCCACGAAAUAUUGUCUCGCGGAACCACUCGCAAGUGUCAUUGAACAAGCAAGCUACCGAAUCUGUACAUCUGUACAUCUCUGGCUACUGUAGUUGAGAGCUUUGGCGUGUCCAGCUUCUUACUCAACUUCUUGUACCUACAAAUCAUCAUCGGGCCAACGCAUCUGUCAAGCGGACUUGUACUUGUCUUUGAGAGCUGAAUCUCUUUUCUCGAAAGGUACAAUCUACCUUGUUCAAGCUCAAGAGCUGUGCCCAAGCGCGACAAAAGCAAAGUCGUUUUAUACUAACAUUUGACACCUCAAAACCGUUACACGCCCAUCCUUCCUUCCCAAAUUAGUUUAGGUUUUUUUCGGACAUGGCGGAGGGCGACGACUACAACUUGGAUUUGUCGUACAUGGACGAAAAUAGUGCCGAGGGCCAUCAGCAGCAUCAUCAAGACGGUGACUAUCAAUACGACGAUUCUACAGAGCUCUAUGGCGAUGAAAACUAUGAGGGAGAUCAUGGAAAUAUCGAUCAUGCCGUCAACGGCGACUCAAACGCAAAAGUUGAUUCGGUAGACACGGCUCAAGGAGAAGCGAAUGCUGAACAGAGCGCUGAGACCGACGCGUCAGGCUCGCGAAAGCGCAAAGAGAGAGAUGAUGAUGAUGACUACAGCCAAACAGCACAGAACAUGACGCCACGGCAGACGUCGUCAACGCCGGUUCCGUCACAACACAGUGGUUACGGCCCACAGCCUACGCAUGCUCUCAAUAUUCAGCAACUCGGACACAAUAUGAGCGAGGAGACGAUCCGAGAAUGGGUAAAUGCCGUAGGUAAGGAAAGUGAGAUAGAGGAGCUGAAGUUUGAUGAGUUCAAGCCGAAUGGCAAGUCAAAAGGUGCUUGCUAUGUACGCUUUACAACCCCCGAGGCGGCUCAACUUGUGAAGGACUAUAUCGCCAACACAGUUCCCAAGCCACCAGGCAAGCCUGCCGGUUAUGUGGUACACUACGCCAACUCAAACCCGUAUUUGCGUUCAAGCAACAAUACCAGCCAAGGAGCCAACCGAACAAAUGCCCGCGGUGGUCUAGGUGGGGACAACUUCCGUGGCGGACGAGGUAAUUUUAGAGGAAAUUUCAACCGCGGAGGCGGCUUUGUUGGUCGUGGAAACUACAAUAACAUGGGUGGCGUAAUGCCAAACAUGAAUCAAGGCGGCUGGAACAACCAGGGCGGCAUGGCUAUGGGUGGUGGCUUCAACAAUAUGGCCGCAGGGGGCUUCAACAAUCGCGGUGGCAUGAACAAUCGUGGCAGAGGCGGCAUGGGUGUCAACAUGGGUCGCGGAGGCGGUAUGAAUAUGGGUAUGAACCAAGGAGGCAUGAUGGGCGGCAUGGGCAGGGGCGGUAUGCCUGCCAUGCCUACCAUGCCUAUGAUGAAUCCAAUGAUGGGCAUGCCGAGCAUGUUCAACAUGCCCAACAUGAUGGGUGGGAUGCAGAACCGCGGAGGCAUGAUGGGGGGCAAUAUGAUGGGAGGUGUUGGCCGUGGUGGAUUUCCGGCUGGCCAGCAGGGCGGCAUGAACAAGAGACCAAGGAUGGGCUGAGAAAGCUUUCGCAAAGCCUUCUUUACUACAUUUAUUUCGGCGUUUCUCGCGAGCUCUCCAGUCACGGAAUUUCUGAGCAGCUCUGGGAGUUGUCGUAGGGAUGGAGGGAACUUUUUUCACAGGAUGUGGUGUUCCACGGUCUCGAGGUUUAACGUGGGUAAAUUAAGGCUGUAACAAUAGUUUGAAAGGCCACUCCCUUCCGUUGUAUGGCUGAUCUGGUUGGCAGUACUGGCUGAGCCUAUUUCUCCAGUUCAGGUCGAUCUUAGAGCGGCGAAACGCAAAGCGAAAACAGCACAUUUGGACGGCAAAUAUCGGUCCAAAUUAUGCGUGUUUGCAUUUCCUGCUGAUCCAGUCCACUGCUGCCUCUCAGACUUGACAGACAUUAAGGCGGUCGGAUUUCCUUACAAAAAAUGGAAAGAGCAGAAUCAACUCGAAGACAUUAAAUCCCGCGUCCAGAGCACG